UCGACUCCCAAAAACAAACUUUCCGAGCGGCUCGGCUUCCUGCAGCUCCGCGGACCGAUGGAGGGAAUAAUCAGAUAAUAAUAAGAAAUGUGAAGCGGAGAUGGUGCUGAUGACCGAGCCGGCGGACAGACCUCUGACCCCGGAGCAGCUGCUCGGCUCCCGGGGGAGCCGGUCCAUGUCUGAAGUGGAUCCUGGAGGAGAGAGGAGGCCGAGGAGAAGAGGAGGCUCACCUGCAGACCUGCAGCUGUACCCGGACUCAGAGCCAGCAGACCCCCCGGAGGACCGGAGGAGACCUGCCGGCACGAGGUUGAAACCUGCGGAGCAGCUUUCAGCUCUGAGUCCGAGCGACGGUGAGACGAAGUCUGAGAGGAAGAAAGGCCAGACCAGCCAGUUAUCAAAGACAAACGCUCAGUAUCACAAGUUAUUCAAGGAGGUCAGCAGAGACGAACUCCUCAAACAAAGUUACACCUGUGCCCUGCAGAGAGACAUUUUAUACCAGGGAAAGAUGUUCGUCUCCGAUAACUGGAUCUGUUUCCACUCCAAAGUCUUUGGCAGAGACACAAAGAUUUCCAUCCCGGUGGUUUCUGUGACCUUCAUAAAGAAAACUAAAACUGCCUUGUUGGUGCCGAACGCUCUGGUGAUUGAAACGACGAUCGAUCAGCACGUGUUUGUGUCCUUUCUGUCUCGAAACACAACCUACAAACUCCUGAAGUCCAUCUGCGUUCACCUGGAGGUGGAUAAAACCUGCAGCAGCCCGAUUAUUUCCUCCAGUGAAAACAGCUUCAGAGUGAAAUGUCCAUCGUCUCUUCCUCUGGACUUCUCUGCAGACUUCUCGGACCUCGACGGCGUCGUGCAACAAAGACGUCAGGAGAUGAUGGAGAGCAGCAGCUCCGGCUCUCAAACUCCAGAUUACGACAAAAUAACUGACUUCAGCAGCCUGCCGGACUCGUUUCUGAGCGCAGUGAAGAGCGCCGAGGUCUCGGUGCACGCAGACAUUCACCUCCAGAGUCCGGCCCAGAAACACGGAGCUCCCCUGAAGAACGGUUCUCCAAAGCUCAGAGACAAACCCUCCAUGUCGCUGCACGCCAUCCUCCUCGUCUACUUGUUUCUAGUCGGCGUCCUCGUCUUGUCCUCCUGCUACAUGGCCUUCAAGAUCGUGGCUCUGGAGCAUCGGUUGAACUCGCUGGUGUCCGUCGGGGAACAUGUUCGUAAUGAGAAUGCAGUGAGCCAGCGGCCGCAGGAGGAAGUGAACGCUGAGAUUUAUGGAGAACUUUCUUCCAACUUAUUCAAGCUGGAAAAGAUUCAAAGAAGCCUGCGGAAGCUACUUGAAGAGACUUAAAAGAAGACAGAAGCUUUAUUUUUUAUUAGAAAUGUUGAUUUAUCAGCAGUAGCCACAUUUGGUGAUAGAUUUGUUGCCAAAGCCCAAACAGAAAGCUUUCUAAAAAAAACUGUGUGCAAUAACAGCUUCUAUCCACUCAGGACUAUUUUAUUACUCUUUCUAAACUAAAUGUUCGUGUUAGUGAAGAGAAACUUUAGGCAGUAUUUAUCUCACAGCUUUUAUCUUUGCCUUUCACUAAAGUGGGGAUUUUCUAAAGGUCCAAAGGUCAUAUUUCAAUGUUUUCCAAACAUUUCUUAAAAGGUCAACUUGUGCUGUUUUAUAUGUUUUUUUGUUAGAAUUAAAUUGCAGAUAAAUUAUAUUUAUGUAAUGUAUAUAAAUCACUCCGAUAAGUGAAAAGUUUAACAGGUAUUUUUAUUAUAAAUGAGGCCUGAUCUUCACUUUUAAACCAGAUUUAUUCACUUAUUAUCAUUGAAGAGCUUCUCAGCUGAUCAUAACUUAAAAAAUUCUCCACCUAAACUUUAAAAUGUUGAGUGUUUGUGUAUUUAAAGAGCAGUCAAAUAAUUUCAGGUGUGAAAGAAAAGAAUGAGUUUGUGUUUUAAAGGGAUAGUUUGGACUGAUGAAGUGGGUUGUAUGAGGUAUUUACCUAUAGUAUAUAUAUGGUAUAUACCUAUAGUAUAUAUAUGGUAUAUACCUAUAGUAUAUAUAUGGUAUUUACCCAUAGUAUAUAUAUGGUAUAUAACCAUAGUAUAUAUAUGGUAUAUACCUAUAGUAUAUAUAUGGUAUAUACCUAUAGUAUAUAUAUGGUAUUUACCCAUAGUAUAUAUAUGGUAAAUACCUAUAGUAUAUAUAUAUGGUAAAUACCUAUAGUAUAUAUAUAUGGUAUAUACCUAUAGUAUAUAUAUGGUAUAUACCUAUAUAGUGUAUUACCUAACAUCAGUUUCAUUUUACACUCUAUAUUGAAGAGUGAACAGUUCAUUUUGCCGUCAGACAGCCUGUUUAGGUUUAUACGGGAGAACUGAAGCCUCCAGACUAUUAUUUACUAGUUUACUAGUUGUUUACUUACAGGACGCAGUAGUCGCUGGUCUGCUGGAAUUAUUGGUUCGUUUGUGUUGUUGUGUGACUUUUGGUGUUUUAAAUUGAUAAUCAGAGUCACUUAAGUGACAUAAUUACACAAACAGACAAAUCAAGGCAGCAGUACAUCAAAAACUCCUGUAAAAUAUAGUAUAAACAUAUAUAUAUAUAUAUAUAUGUGUGUAUAUAUAUAUAUAUAUAUAUAUAUGUGUAUGUAUAUAUAUAUAUAUAUAUAUAUAUAUAUUGAAUAUGCUUACUAUGGACUCAUUCAACCUCACAUCAUAAAACCCAAACUGCCCUUUAAGUUGUAUUUGUUUGUUUACAUCAGAUCACAGAUUGUGCCUUUAAAUGUUGUUUAAUGUGUUGCAGUCCUGAAAUAAAUGUCUCAUCCAGUUUCUGUUGAACUGAAGGUGUUUUUUGUUUUUGUGUUUCUGGGAG